AUGAAUGAGGACAGUUGGGAAAGUGAAAAGAUUAGUAAAGAACGAGUAUGCAGUGCACAUUUUGUAUCAGGGAAACGUUCUGAUGACCCAUCUGACGUUGACUGGAGUCCAUCUGUAUUUAAUCACCUUGGAGAUGCUACGAUUUCUAGUUUGAUUAAAAAAAGGAAGAAAAAAGAUUGCUAUAAAGCUUUAUGUAAAAAACGAUCUUUCAAAAAAUCAAUACUGCCAUCUAGCCAAUCAAAUGAUAUAGAGCUUGAUAACUAUAAAGAUAAUAUAAAUAAUGACAUAAAUCCACCAAAUGACAAGUCAGCUAUUUCUAAAUUUUGUCAGCAUGAUACUUAUAAAGUAGAAGUGGAAACUCUUAAUAUUCAGUUAAUGCAAUACAGAAAUGAAUUGAUCGAGAAAUCUAAUGAAAUUAUUGAACUUAAAAAAAAGAAUGCCAGACUAGACCAUUAUAAAUAUAUUUCAUACCAAAACCAAACAGAUGAACAAAUGAAGUUUUUUUCAGGCUUGUCUCGAACUACGUUUAUGUGGCUCUUUGAAAGAGUUAAAAAUUAUAUUAAAAAAGUUCACUUAAGGUUAUUGUUGGAGGACCAUCUCUUAAUUGUACUCAUAAAACUAAGAUUAGGUCUAUUAAAUAAAGAUAUUGCUUUUCGAUUUAGACUAAGCCCAGCAUUCAAAGAUUGUGUUUGUAUUAUUGAUUGUACUGAAAUAUUUAUUGAAAGGCCGAAAAAUUUAACUUCACGAUCACAAACUUGGUCUAAUUACAAACAUAACAAUACCAUUAAAUAUCUUAUUGGUAUUACUCCGACUGGGGCAGUUAGUUUUUUAUCUCCUGGCUGGGGUGGUCGUGUUUCAGACAAACAAAUAACAUUUGAGUCUAACUUUUGUCAGAAGCUUUAUCCUGGUGACUGUGUUCUUGCUGACAGAGGAUUCAAAAUUAAAGAUGAACUAAAUGCUGUUAGGGCAACGUUAAAAGUUCCAGCAUUUACGAAAGGUAGACAACAAUUAUCUGGAUGA